GCCUCAAACUCUCCCCUCAUCGAUUCUCUUCUCUCUCGCUAUAUAUGCAAGCAGCCAAGGCUCUCUUGCAACGCCAAAACUGCAAAAACUUUAAACCAAACACGUUGUGAUCUGGCAUGAGGGACCUGGAGGAGUUCAGGGGUGGUGGGUCGGCGCCGCCGCGCGACGGCGACGAGAGGACGGUGCCCUCGUCGUCGUCGUCGACGCCGUGGUGGUCCGGCGACCCGGAGGCCAAGCGCCGGCGGAGGGUGGCCGCGUACAAGGCCUACGCCGUCGAGGCCAGGGUCAAGGCGUCGCUCCGCCGCGGGUUCCGGUGGAUCAAGGAUCGCCUCGUCCGCCGCUGGUGAGGCCGCCGGCGACGGCGGGGAUGAAUUGAUGAUCCCAUGCAUGCAAGGUGCUUUUGACCAUCGUGACAUUUUGACGCUUGUAAAGGUUUUCGAUGCAGUUUUUUUUUCUACUUUUUUUACGAGUUUUUUUUGUGGUAACGUAUGCAAGAACUUCAAAUAAUGUUCAUGUUCAUGUUCAUGCCGUAUCGAGAGAUUAUAUAUCAAUCAACUAAUUAAGGGCUAUUCCGUUUGGAGAAAUUUCACAGGGUUUGAAUGGUUUCCUAUAAAAUUACUGUGUUCCAGAGUCCUAAAUGUGCCCAGCUUUGCCAUGU